AGAGAGAGAAAGAGAGAGAGAGUACUAUACAUGUAGGUAUACGCCUACACUGCAGUGAGUGUAUAUCACCUCAGUAAGUCGCUCGGAGACGCCACUAAUUUUUACCAGCUGUGAGAGGCACGGGAGCGGGGUGAACAAAAUGGCAUACUACGUAGAAUACGAUGACCCUGCCUGGACUUAUGUCUAUGUACCACCAUACAGUUAUGACGACGAGCCCCUAGGUUUCUACGUUAACCCACGAGAACAUCCAUACAACUACGACGAUAGCAUCUAUGAAAUUCGUAGACGUCGUUAUGCCAUUGAAGACUGGAGUCCUGAUGAUGACUGGUCCUACACCCCGCUUCCCAGGGACGCCUCACCUAGGAGACGCCGCGCGCGCUCGUCUGUUCGGGAUUACAUACCCGUUUCGGAAUAUACUCCACGACCUAGAUUUGCAUCCCCCGUCCGAAGACGUGCACGUUCCGUUGUCAGGGAUUAUGUUCCCGUCAGAGUUCCGGAAUACAUCCCACCUCCGGUUGCUUCUAUUCCUGUUCACCGGAAAUCCCCGUAUGUCGGUAAAUAAGCCAGGCAGUUAAGGUUUGAUAGCAGGACAAGCUGGGUACCUUUUGCUUCUGCUAAAGAAGAUGAAUUUGCUGUUAAUCUUGAUUUGAAAUCAGACGCUUUGAAUAGGGGACUUUUGAGACGAGACAUCGAUACUGCCUUGCGUUCAUCGUAUGCUAACAAAGGAAGAUCUGAGGUGCGUUCGAAGAGGGAUUUUGCUCUAAGUGAGCUACAAAGGCUCGAUAGAAAACAAGCGCAAAUUUCGAAAAAUCUUACCCAUUUUAAGCGUGAUAUUUUAAGGGCAAAACACCAAAGCCAGUACAGAAACUUCUAAGAUGAGAAUCAUGAGAACUGUAACAUCCUUUGACCUUGUAUAGUUUUAAUCUGAAUGUUCAUUUAAAAGCAACUGUGACGGUAUUUAUGCUUUCAUUACACGAAUAAAAGAAUAAAGAAUAUUAUAAAUGUAA